AUGAAUUUUGAACAACUUGACGUGCAGUAAAAACACGGCGAAUGAGUUCUAGACAUUGACGGCAUUCCCAAGAACCGAUUGCAUUUGAAAUUGAUUAAUUGCCACAAUGUCUAUUGUGACAAUUCAAGUUGGACAGUGUGGCAACCAGAUCGGUGGCCAGCUCUUCAACACUGUGAUGGAGGAUGCCCAUACCUCUUACCCAAAUGUUUCCAAGAAUAUCCAAAGAGACUACAUGCAAGAUACCUUGGAGACAUUCUUUGACGUUUCACCGACAAAGUCCGAAGAUGACGAGGUUCCUAAGGCUAGAGCGGUGAUGGUUGACAUGGAGCCCAAGGUCAUUUCACAGACAAUGCAGGAUGCCAAGAAGUCAGGCAAAUGGACCUAUGACCCGAAGCAGUCGUUCUGCCAAAAAAGGGGCUCGGGCAACAACUGGGCCAACGGAUUCUGUGGGCAUGGGCCUAAAGCCCGAGACAGCGUCAUGAACUUAGUGCGAAGAGAAGUUGAAAAGUGUGACCAUUUUGGUGGGUUUUUGAACCUGAUGAGUUUGGCUGGCGGCACCGGCUCUGGCGUUGGUGCGUACGUGACGCAGUGUCUGAGGGACGAAUAUCCUAAUUCGUUCAUCAUGAAUCAAGUCGUCUGGCCCUAUAACACCGGUGAAGUGAUCGUACAGAACUACAACGCUGUCUUGACUUUGUCGCAUUUGUACCAGUCCUCUGAUGCCAUUCUCGUCAUGGAGAACGAUGGAAUUCAAAAGAUCUGCUCGCAACUCAUGAACAUUAAGAAGAUCUCGUUUCGAGAUAUGAACCGAGUCAUAUCACAUCAGCUGGCAAGUGUCCUCCAGCCAGUUCAGCUAUAUGGUGGAGGGAGACAAUUAUCAAACAGACUAGGUCGCCUCCUAGAACACCUGGUCCCCCACCCAGAGUAUAAGCUGCUCACUCUGAGAAACAUUCCCCAGAUGUCUGAGGCUUCGAUAGCAUACACCGUGUUCCAAUGGCACGGCAUGCUAAAACAUUUGCGUCAGAUGCUAAUUGCAAAUGCAGCCAUGGAGGAAGGUAUCGAUUGGCACGUGCGGGUGAACUCCGCUGGUGGACUUGCUGCUCAUCACAAUAAAUCUGUGAGCAACCUCUUGGUUCUACGGGGCAAGGAUAUCAAUACCACCAACAUUGCACCAUUCAGGGAGGAGAAACUCUACACGUCUUGGGUACCAAAAGACUCGUGCCUGGCUGUCUGGCAACACGAUCAUCCCUUCCAUAAUUACGAGAAGUCAGCGGCUUUACUUAGUAAUAGCCAGAGCCCUGUGGUGGCGUUAGAUGGCAUUGUUGGCAAGGCGUGGCAAAUGUUCGCAUCGAGAGCGUACGUGCAUCAGUAUUUGAAACAUGGAUUGGCGGAAGAGGACUUUGUGGAUAGCUUUGCUGGUCUUGAACAGGUGAUAAGAAGUUACCAGGCUUUAUGAUAAGGUGGACACCUUGCUGUCACCGCAGCAUGAGCUAGAGUGAGUGGAUACGUUGUCGACUCUGCUGGAUGGAGUUUUAUAGAUAUUACAUGAACUGAUGCAAAGUUUCAUCAAAAGAAUUACUGUUGUCACUGCCUUAAAAACGGAGGUGCAGGUCCUCUGGAAUUUUUUAAGACUCCUGCAUUCACACCUGUAAAUUUGUUUGGUAUGAGGAUGUUACCUUAAAUGUACUCUAAGAAAUGAUGUGGAGUUUAUGUUAUAGUUAUUGCAUAAUAAAAGUGUAUAGCAAUUGAACUACUUAUUUUAGUGUAUAUUUGUUGAAAGAAGUUUGAAUGGCAUUAAGUGGCAUAUUUUGGAAUGGUACAUAGAGGCAUAUUUUUGAAUUUUUAAGUAAUAUACAGUACUUUUAGA